AUGGCUUCUGCUUGCUGGACCUGUCGACUGCGGAAGAAAAAAUGUGACCGGGCCAGGCCCGUCUGUAUGAGCUGUGCCAAGCUACGCAUUGGCUGUAACUACAGCCGCGUCAAGCCGGAAUGGAUGGACGGGUCCGAGAAGCAAGCCGAAAUGACCAGGACCAUCAAAGCCAGGAUAAGGCAAGGCACUGCAGCUGUUGAUGAUAAGGACUUUGCUGUUCAGGUGUUUCCACUCCGGGAGACUUUAUCGUCGCAAAGGCAACCUGAAGAAUCUAAGACAGCGACCGGCUCGGACGGUUCGACACCAGGCUUAGACCCCUCGAUUACGAACGAGACGGACGAUUUCUUGAUGUCUUUGUAUCUCGACACCGUAUUCCCUUGCCUGUUCCCAUGGUACCAGCCUCAAACAUUGGCCGGCGGUCGCAGUUGGCUGCUAACCAUACUGAAGACUCAGCAGGCUGCAUUUCACGCCGCCAUCAGUCUCAGCGCGUAUUAUUUCACGCGUUUACUGGCCCGGGAUGCGCAACACAUUCUCGGCACGCCCUGUGAGCAGGAAUUGUGGGAUGCCUGGACUAGUCACAUGGAUCUAUCGAUGAAGCUGAUCAGGCAAGACUUGAGCGACAUCAACGUCGGAUGCAGGCAAGCAGACAUAUUUCACUCGACUCGUGUCUUGGACGGCAUCGUGCACCUCCUCAUCUUUGAAGCCUCCAUAGCCAAGACAGGGGAUUGGAACUUACACCUUACUGCCGCACUGAGCCAGCUGGACAGUAUCUUCCAGGUGCAUGGCGUCAAGGAUGGCAAAUAUCACCUACAUUCACUCCUCCUCAAUAUGCAACUGCCGUCUAUUUUUAAUGGCACCAAACUUGGCCACCACAUAUGGAGCGCCGAUCAAACUUCGUUCCAGUUUUCUACAGCGAUUCUUAUCUAUGCGGAUAUCAUUGCUAGUUUCUGUCUCAGGGAGGCACCUAGGUUGCGACACUGUCACAACUCGUUAAUCGCGGGGAGUGGCGGCACUCCCGCUACUCAGGCCGAGCAGCUAAUCCACAUAGAGCAUUACUUUGGAUGCUAUGGCUGGGCCUUCAUCCUAAUUGGCGACAUUUCUUCCCUAGAUGCGUGGAAGCUUGCUACUGUGUUAUAUGGUGGGGGCGGUCUGGACGAACUUGUAGCUCGUGAGAAAGAGUUGGAGAUGAGACUAUAUCAAGGUCUAGCGAAUUUGGGGACAGUGCCUGAGUCAUGCAAACUACCAGGAAAGCCGAAUCAGUCUGACCAGUAUGUCCUCGUCACAAAGUUAUGGCUACACGCAGGCUUGAUAUACUUAUCGAACGUUGUGCGCGGAUGGCAUCCAACGCAUCCAGCUAUCCGCACUAAUAUUCACGCGGCAUUGAAAAUUGUCAAAGUUCUCACUUCGAACUUUGGCCUUCGCUGCCCAAUGUGGCCACUCUGUGUUGCUGGCUGCAUGGCUACGGACGACGAGGAGCUAGAAGUGAGGCACAUCAUGACUGAAUUGCCGCCAAUUCAAUCCUUUGGAGCGAACAAGGAGGUUCUCAACAUUAUGGAGGGUGCCUGGCAUCGUCGAGGCCAAUUUGAAGAUGAUCACUGGAAUUUAGCAGACCAUUUUCGAGAUCAUGGGCCUAGCAUCUUGCUCAUUUGA